AUGGAUAAUCCUGAAGCAACUGAAAACUCUAUAUGUGAAACGUCCCAACAAGAUCUAUCAUCCAUUGAAAAUAACUGUCAGCCAGUUGAAAAAGUAUUGUUGAACAAUGAUUAUGCAGAACCUUUAAACAUUGUAGAUCAAAUUAGUAAUUCCGAAAACCAAAUACCUGUAGACUCAACUGAUGUGAGUUCUCAAAAUGCAAAUGUUCCUGCUGAACCGGGUACAAUUGUUCCAACCGAUAAUUCUUUGCCACCUCUUCCACCACUUCCUAAAAGCGAAAAUGGACAAUUGCCACAACCACCAGCAGCACAAAACCCGGCUGAUUACAACAUGCAAAACUAUGCGAACUACAAUAAUUAUAUGUACAACUAUAACAAUUAUUAUGGCUAUCCUUAUCCUCAAUACCAAUGGGAUUAUAAUAGUCAACAAUAUUAUCAACCAUAUCAAAAUUAUUACAAUUAUAAUUUUAAUCAAGCAAAUCAAACCCAAACAUCAAAACCACCUCCACCGCCACCUGAUUCUGUACAAUUGCCAGUUGAAGAAAAGCCAGCUAAUAAAACAAACGCUGCAUUUGACGACUCUAAUAGAUAUUCUCCUACGGCAGAAACUGACGAUGAUGAUCCUAUAAAAGGAUUAUCCGGAGGAUUAUCUGAAAACUAUAAACCUGAUGUUCUUAUUGAAAAACCUACACAAACUACAAAUGCUGCCCCUUUUGAAACUGUGACAUCUGAACUAAUUGGGGAGCAACAAAACAUACCAGAGAACAUUGAAAAUAUAAUUCAACAGACCGUUGACCCCCUAGCCUUGCCUAUGAUUACACCAGAGAAACAGCGAGUACCUGUGAUUUCCCAGGUGCAACCAUACAAUAGUCAGGUUCAACAACUUAGCUAUCAAAUUAAUCCUCAAAGUCAAAUGCAAUCAACUGAAACAAUUAAUGAGGUAGUAAAUCAACAGCAAACCUCACCUGCAAUGAACGGCAAAGAUGACUCUAUUGAGAAAGUGUCCAAAGCAUCAACGGUAUUGGGUAAAUCCCAAGCCAAAAAACGCCUAAUGGCAUUUUCAAUGAUGAAACAAAAGUUACAAGAACAAAAUAAUUCGGUUAUUGAUAAUCAGAAUUCAGACAUUGGAGAAGGAAAUGAUGUGGAAUUUGUACCGGAACACAAUGUUUUUCAAACUGUUACAAAGAAAAAAGUUGUUACUAAUAAAAAAGUUGCUAAAGUUAUCAAGGCUCAACAAACGAUUGAACAAAUUGAAGAAAUGAAGAAAGAUGAACUGUUACAAGGAAAUAAUGCAGCUUUAUAUCAACAUCUUUUGAGAAGUGGUGGCAAUGAAGCUCCAAUCCUUCAGAAACUUGGUAUAGAGUCAUUGGCAGAAAAAUAUUCAGCUAAGAUAAGAGAACAGGAUAAGCGCUCAAGUAGACACCAUCACAGGCGUCGAGAUGAAUCUAGAAGAGGCCACAAAUAUCGUCGUCGUUCACAUUCAAAAUCCAGGUCUAGGUCAAGAUCAACAGAAAAGCCAAAGAUGCGAGCCCUAGAAGUCAAAAGUUGGAAAGAUUUUGUCAAGGGUGGAUUUCAUUUCGACAAAUUUAGAAGAUUCAAAAUGGAUGAAGCUGAGCAAAUAAAAGAUAAAGAGCGGAAGUCUAGAAAAAAGAAAAGGCAUGGAGACUCAAGAUCUGAUAGCAAGAACGAUAAAAAUGAAUCUAACAUACUUUCCGAAACAGAAAAAGGAACCGGAGAUCAGAAAUUACGCCACAACUUAUUAGAUCGCAAAAAAGAAAUUCUUAAGGGUCUUGAGGUCAACACACUUGAAGGAGACUUUACUAAGGAUUUCCCCAGUUACAUUAUUCGAUGCACUAAAAAUAAGCCAUCCAUAAAGUUUAGUGAAAAUCCAGCAAAUGCCACUUAUCAUCUUCAGAACAGACAGCAAAUGUUAGCCACACUUCUUCCAGAAAUUGAAGCAAUUGUACUCAAGUUCUUAUCUGCAAUGAAACCAAAAAAGCUCAAAGAAAACUGCUAUACUGAUAAUAACUAUAAUAACAUAGACGAAAAACUUUUAGUUAUGAUGAAAGAUAAAAAUAUUUAUCCAUUCAAAGGUUGGUGGCCAAAAACAAAUUUUAUUAUAACUCAAGUCAAAGAAGAUCCAAAUAUUGAAAUAGAUGAAGAUGUAUUAAUGAAUGAAAUUACAACUAGUAAACGAACUAAAAAAUCUAGAUUUAAUGAUGAUACAUCUCUUGUUGAAUUAAGGCCUACUGUUCCAUCCAAAUGGGAUAGUGAUUAUGACGGUAGUCCAGCUGCCGAGAAUAAAGUAGCGUAUGUUGGAGUAACUCAAAGUGUAGAAAUUAAUACUAAUGAUAAUGUCUGCUCAAUUCAAAGAGAAGAAAACAAUCCUUUGGACAUAAGCCACCAAGAAGAAGCCAUGGACACUGCUUCUGAUGUUGGAGAAGACGAACCAAAAAUUGAAGUUAACGUUUGUCCAGCUCUACCUGUUCAGAUUCAAGAACCACAAGGACACACUAAAUUGAAUACAGAAUAUGAAGAAUUUUUGAAAAUUGUUAAAGUUGAUAAGGAGGAAAGUGAACCUGCUACUAAUAUAACUAUUCAAAAAGAUAAUGAAAACAACUUAUCAAUGAAGUCUUCAUCGUUGAAUGAUGAUUCUGUGCAAGACGAGUCUGAUGAGUAUAUGUCCAAUAAGUCUUCAGUAGAAUCUGUUUCAUUACAAAAUGCUGCUGAAGAGUCUGAUUCAAAUGAUAGAUCAUUUAUUGAAGAAUUACCUACUCUUGAUUUAAAGUUUAAAAGUAAGAAAAAAUCAUCUAGUAAAAAGUCUAGAUCGUUUAAGAAUAAAGAAAGUAAAAAGAGAAGACAUAAAUCAAGUUCCAGUGAAAGUUCACAAGACUCAGAAUCAGAAAGUGAUAGCAGUUCAGAUGAUAGUGAUUCUGAAUCAUCAGAUUCAACCUCUACAAUUGAAAAAAAGAAAAAAAAGAAAUCAAAAAAUAAGAAGAAAAAAAAAACCAAAACAAAUUACAAAAAGAAACACAGGGGUGAUAAGAAUAAAACUAAAAGUCCUGAAGAUGAAAAAGAUGCUAAUAGUAGUAUUCUCAACUUAAUCGAAAAAGCAUUGAAUGUUGAAAUUAAAAAGAGACCUUUAGAUAGUAAAGAACCUAAACAGAAAAAAAAGAAAAGGAAACACGAAAAAAAUAAAAAUAUGGUAAAUGAAGAGAAUGAUGACAAAUUUGAAAAAGUUAAGGAUUGUUUAAAAGAAACAAUUACAAAAUUGGUUAAAACUGAAAAAGUAAAUAAAAACCAGUCUCUUUCAUGCGAUGACACUGUCAUUGAAGUAUUAAAAUAUUUAAAUGACAAAGAAAAAAAGAAUAAAAAAUCAAAGAAAAGUUUGAAAAGAAAGCAUGACUCAGAUAUUACUGAUGAUGAGGAAACUCCAAAAAAAUCUAGAUUAGUUGAUAGUUGUUCAAAACCUAAAUAUAAUGAAAAGAAAAAAAAGAGUAAAAAGAAGAAAUCUGUCGAUUCAGAUGAAUAUAUGACUAAAAAAAAGUCUAAAAAAAAAUCUAAAACUACUGAUACUUCAGAGGCUGAAGAUGUAGAGGUAUUAAUCCAAAAUAAAAGUAAUGAUUCAAAUCAGUUUUUUGAAUUGCGACCCAAUGAGUGGAACAUAAUUAAAAAAAGUUCCAGGAGGGGAGUCGUCCAUCACUCGGAAGUAAAAAAUAAGAAAAAAACAUCACCUGUACAUGAUACUAGAAAACGCAAUAAAAACAUUAAACAAAAAAAAUCUGAUUCCCUUAAUUCAAUUGAUAUAUAUUCUCCUACAAGUAUUAGUAAAAAUAAAUGUGAAAUAUCUAAGUUGCCUGAUGUAUUUAAAGAAGAAAACGUUGUGGAAAAAGAAAGAAAAAAACAAUUGUUAAGGCUCAACAAAAAUAUCAAUAGUGAUAAAAUUGACAAUGUUUCAAAAAAUAUAGUUAAAGAAAAAAUGUUAAUCAAUUUUACAAACUCUGACAGUGAACCUAAUGAAGAAGUAGAGAAGUGUAUUGAAGAAAAUCAUGAAAUGUCAAACAAAUCUGCUGACAAGUGUCCUAAUGAUAUAUUUAAACUUAAAAAUGACUUACAACAAUCAAUAUAUUUGAAAAAUGAUAAUAGUGAACAGCAUAAUCCGGAUAAAGAUCUUAAGAGUAAUUUUAAACCACAAACCCAAAGCACACCACCAAUUGAUCCCUAUGAUAAUACACCUAUUAUUUGUACUAUUAUUAAACCUGUUACAGAAACCAUAUCGUAUAGGGACAAAGUAAAAAUGAAUUUAAAGAAGCUUUCAUCUUGUCAAAAUAUACCGUUUGUAUUUGGAUUUUCUUCACCAAUUAGCCUAAUGAAAUCGAACAAUUUUAAAUUUGAUAAAGAUCUUAAAGUGACUAAAGAAGAAAAAAAAUCUUAUGAAGAUGAACCAAAAGUAAACGAUCCAAAAAUUAAUGAAACACAAUUUUCAAAGUCUGAUGAACCCAAAGUAGAUGAUCCAAAAAUUGAUGAAACACAACUUUCAGAGUCUAAUGAACCCAAAGUAGAUGAUCCAAAAAUUGAUGAAACACACCUUUCAGAGUCUAAUGAACCCAAAGUAGAUGAUCCAAAAAUUGAUGAAACACACCUUUCAGAGUCUGAUGAACCCAAAGCAAAUAAUUUUCCUAAAACACAAAUAGAAAUCCCGGAUGUAACCGAAAAAGAAUUACUUAAAAACAAUAUUGAAACUAAUGACAAAACAUUAGAUCAUAGUUAUGAUUGGGAUGACUCUGAAGAAUCCGAUACAGACCAAUCACCAAUUACAAGCACUAAUUCAUCAGAACAUUCAAGUGAUGAAGGAGAAAAUGAACAACUUUAUUCAAAUUUAUUGAAAAAUGACUCACCAAAUAUUAUAUCUACUAAAAAUGAAACUUUCUCAAAUUAUAAUGAAUCUAGAGAACUUGAGGAACUUACAUCUAAUGUAUUUGAAACAAAUAGUAGUUCUGAGUCAGUAAUCAAAGAAGAAGUACUUCCUUUAGAAGAUGACAAUUUUAUUAUAGAGAAACAAAUAACUACUUUGUCAAAUUUUACUGAUUCCUCUAAACAAAAUUUAGAUAAUAAUACUGAAGGUUUACAAAAUGAUGUUAUGUCAGUUAAAAUGGACAAAAAAGAUUCAGAUCCUGUGGAAUCCCAAAGGUCUAGCAUCGAUUUAAUAGAAGUUACUAAAUCCAACAAUGAACUAAUUACCCAAUGGACGUCAGAUUGGAUUAAUUUGGAUAAGUCGGUUACUGAAAUUCAUCAUUCAAGCAAUUCUAAAUCUGGGGUUGAAGAAUUACAAUUAAAGAAGAAAUCGCGUUGGGACAAACAACCAAUGGAUAAUAAAAUUAGCAAAUCACAGAGGCUUAUUAAUGAACAGGAUGAGUAUAAGGAUGAAACUGAAACAAACAACUUAACUAAUGCACUAAAAGAUCCUAGUUCUCCAACUAACAAUGAAGAUGACCUUUAUAAUGAACAAAACCAAACAUGUGAAAUAAUGUCAAUAAAUUGCAUGAAUGAUUAUAAUGAAAUUAAUCCUCAUGUUUAUGAUGAUUAUUCUCAAACUUAUGAACAAUAUAGUGGUAUACCUAUGUAUUCUGAAAUGAAAACUAUUGAACAUGAUUUACUAAGUCCAAUUGACUAUAGUGUGUAUGAAAACUUUAAUCCUAAUUAUAAUUACGAUACUGAAGAUUACGAAAUGUGGAAAUCUGUAGAUACAGACACAUCUGAAUAUGGGAUGAUAAAAGCAAUUCCAACAACUGAUGAAACAGUUUCACACUUGAUCGAUGUUUUUGAACAUUUUCCUCCCGACAAUAUUUCUGUUGAUCAAGUUGAAUCUUCACAAGAGGAAGUACCAAAUGAAAACACUGAUACUAUUAUUUCAAAUCCUCAGGAGGUAAUUGUCAAAAAUGAAAAACCAGAUAGUGCAAGUCAUGAUGAACUAUUUGUCAAACUGUAUCAUCAACAUUUUCAACAUUACAAUCAAAAUCCAAUUAAAUACUCACUGAGUGAUCCUGUUAUAAUUAAUACAGACGAUGUCAAAGUGAAUAUUCCAGAUAUUUUGACACCUCAAGAAAAGUCGUCAGACACUGAUAAAAAAUCUGAUGAUAUAAUUUCCAUACCUGUACAAGGUCGAGCAUAUGUAUGUAUACUUGAAGACGAUAAUACCAAUCUUUAUCUCACCAGUGACAACUACAUGGCAUAUUGUGCUGUUGAGGAUAGAUGUAUGGUGCACAUAUCUGUAAAUACAUGUAGCCGUGAUGGAGUUGGAAAUGAUGUCAGACAUUGUUUCAAUGUAAGCUUAAAUGGAUCAAUAAAUGAGUAUUGGUUGCAUGCAGAUUUAAUUCCAUUUCAUGUUCCAUCUGAUGCUGAAUCAGGUGUGUUCAGUGAUGACGAGAUGGACUCUUUGGAUUCAGAUUCUGGUCAUGAAGAGGAUGUGGAUAAUGACAAUAACGAAAACGAAGAUCAUAUAAUUGAAAGUGAAUGGGAAAUAGUUGACGACAUUCAUGACAAUGUCAAUAGCUGGCUGGAUGAACCAUACAUACUUAAAAAAUAUAAAAUUAAGCAUGAUGAUAGUCCUAUCAAUCAAGAGCAGUAUGUGACUAGUUCCUCGGAAUGUGACACAGAUGGAAGUGAAUUUUCAGAUUCUUAUGUUGAAAUAUUUAACAAUAAACAAAAUAUUAAUGAAAAUCAUUUUCAAAAGCCACUUGAAACUAAAGAUGAUAAACACAUAUACCAAAAUGUGAUCAAUGUAGUGACGCCUACAAAUGUUUCUAAAAAUACUGAAAAUUCUGAUUUAUUAGUAAAAACUGAUGAGUGUAUAAAAUCAUCGGAACAAUUAGUUUUAGAUGUUGAAAUUAAAAAUGAUACGUUGAAGGUUAAUGAGAAUAAUCUAACUUCAGAAAUAAAUUCAGAGAACAAUGAUGCCUUGGGGGACUUGGUAGAAAAAUUAAACAAUGACAACGCCUCAGUAAUGUCAGAAGAAAAAGAAAACAACUAUGGAAAUGAUGCAGGCUUAUGUAUGAAAGAAGAAGUUACUGUUGCUGACCUUACAAUGAUGGAUACUAUUAUUAAUCAAAAGAUAUUAAUUCAGAAACUAAAAGUUCGUGCCAAAGAAAAGGUUCGUGAGAAACUGCCUGACACAAUAAUGAUUCGCUAUAGCGACAACAUGGAGACCAUUAAAUAUCCAUUCUUAGGACUGUUUCAGCCACCGACUAACAGUAUCCUAUCUAAACCAAGGUCUACCAAACCAACACGCACUUCAAACUUGUCUAAACGUGUGACUUUUGCUGAUGGAAUCCGUCCUGGAGACAAUUUGGCAGCAUCUCCAACCCAUGACGACGUCGGUCGUCCAUUAUCGCCUCCCCCUCUUAAAAGAUUAAUGAGGGAAACAUUAAAAUUCAAACGUAACAUGUAUCCAUUUAAAAAAACUAAGGUACGCACCAAAUUAACAAUGGUGAAAAAGAAAGUGGCCAAAGUAACACCUUCAAUUAAGGAAACCAAUCCAUCGGUCAUUGAGUAUUAUAUGAGCCGUCAUCGUCUUGCAGAGUUGCCUAUUGGACAAAUCCCCAAUAUUAGUUUCUUAAGUUCCCAUCAUUCAUCAAAUAAUAAUAAUGAGAGAACUGAAACGAUAUCUACACCACCUAGACCCACAAGAGAAGUCACUCCAGUGCCAUCUGAUACUGAGGGUUGGAAAUUGGAAUGA